AUGAAAACAGUGGAAGUUAGCAUGAAAAUAUUUUACUAGUGAUUAAGAGAAAGGAGUAAAGCUCCUAACUAUGAAGAAUAUGAACAACACCUCUUUCAAAAAGAGUCUGUUCCUAAUCUUUGUCUCGUGUGUAACAUUCACUGUGAUAAUUGCACUGCUUCUAUUAGCCAACUCUGUGACUUUCUGGCCAGUAAAACCACUCCAAGCUCCACAUAUAAGGAAGAAGUAUGACAUGGACAAAACUCAAGCUCUUCAAGCACCACAUGAAACUCAAGCACUGAAGGUACUAAGAAAUCGAGGGUAUCAUGUGUAUAAUGCUACUUAUGAACUGCAAAGAAAUCUUAAUGGAAUUCAGAAAACAAAAUCCAAGAAAACUGAGCCUUAUAAGAAAGAUAGAAAAAUCAAAAUUCUCAUAUGGACUACAUUUUUUAGAAAGAGAUAUUAUGUCAAAGGAGAACGGAUACUGAAAGAUUCUAACUGUUCUAUAAAGCACUGUAAUGUCCACUAUGACAAGUCCGAAGCAGGGAUAGCAUCAAGUGAUGCAGUAUUAUUCCAUCUAUGGGGCAGGGACUUUAAGAUUGGUGAUCCCAUACCCAAGAUUCGCUACUCUUGGCAGAACUACAUAUUUUUCUCAAUGGAAAAUCCAACAUGGAUUCACUUCACAACAAAAGUAAAAUAUUUGGAUGGUUUCUUCAAUUUAACAGCAACAUACAAACAAAACUCAGAUGUGCCUUUGGCAUAUGGCAAAUACUUCCCACGAGAUAUGUCAAAACCAACCAAUCUGAAGAAUUACUACAUGGAAAAUAGGCGAAAAAGAAAAGAUAAAGAUGCCAUUAUUCUCUGGGUUGUAAGUAAUUGUAAAACAGUUAAUAACCGGAUGCAAUUUGUAAAGAAGUUACAGAAACAUAUCGCCAUUGAUAUAUUUGGAAGAUGUGGAAAACCUUGCAAACGACACACAAAAUGUGGAACUCACUCGUAUAUGUUUUACAUGGCCCUGGAAAAUGCUGACUGCAAAGACUACAUCACAGAAAAACUUUGGCAUAAUUCAUUUGGGGCAAACUUAAUUCCUGUAGUACAAGGAUCUAAAGUUGAAUAUAGCAAACAUCUCCCACCAAAUUCAUUCAUUCAUGUAGAUACCUUCAACUCCGUAAAAGACUUGGCUAUGUACAUCACUAAAGUAUCACAUAAUGAAACGCUUUAUAAUUCUUAUUUUAAAUGGAAGGAACUUUAUCAGUCAACAUACAAUGGAGGUUUACGAAAUCCUGACAACUUUUGUAAACUAUGCACAGUGCUACAUGAACGAAGACAGAAUACUUCCUUUAACAAGGAAUACAAGAUCAGCUCUUGGUUUGAUUGGAAGAAUCAAUGUGCCAGAAGAGUAAAAGUUUUACAUUGACAGUGCAGGCACAAAAACAUUCAGCAAAGAAAGCAAUUGAUCAUUCGCACUUGAACUGUACAGAUAAUGUGAAGCCGCUGAAUGUGCAGAGUGUGUAAAAUGAGAGGGAGGGGAAGUUUAAAAAAACAACAAAAAGAUUUCAUUGUUUCAUGAAGAUUCAUUCUAGUGUGUACAUUCUUAUGAUUAUUAUAUAUCCAAGAACAUUUUUGAAACUGCUUAAUGAAGAUUGAUCGGUAGUUGAUAAGACACAUUCUUUUGAUUAU